AUGGCCCGUGCGCGGAAGCGCGACCGCCUGCGAUGGAGCAAGCUCUACACCUUCUCCUGCUUCCACCAGCCCCACACCGACGAGGCCGCCGGCCCCGCCGCCGUCAGCGGCAGCCCCGUCGGCGGCCCGGGCUUCUCGCGCAUCGUGCACUGCAACAACUCCAUCCUCCACCGCCGGAAGCCGCUCAAGUACCCCACCAACUACAUCUCCACCACCAAGUACAACGUCCUCACCUUCCUCCCCAAGGCCAUCUUCGAGCAGUUCCGCCGCGUCGCCAACCUCUACUUCCUCCUUACCGCCAUCCUCUCGCUCACCCCGGUCUGCCCCUUCUCCCCCGUCAGCAUGAUCGCCCCCUUGGCCUUUGUGGUCGGGCUCAGUAUGAUCAAGGAGGCCCUGGAGGACUGGCGAAGGUUCAUGCAGGACAUGAAGGUGAACAACCGCAAGGUCAGCGUGCACAAGGGUGACGGUGAAUUUGAGUUCCGACAUUGGGAGGACCUUUGUGUUGGUGAUGUGGUCAAGGUUGAGAAGGACCAGUUCUUCCCGGCUGAUUUGUUGCUCUUGUCGUCGAGCUAUGAGGAUGGCAUUUGCUACGUUGAGACAAUGAACCUGGAUGGUGAGACAAACCUGAAGCUGAAAAGGUCACUGGAGGUUACGCUGCCAUUGGAAGAGGAUGAGACGUUUAAGGAUUUCCAGGGAGUGAUAAGGUGUGAAGACCCAAACGCGAGCUUGUACACAUUCAUUGGUAACUUAGACUAUGAGAGGCAGGUGUAUGCCGUCGAUCCGUCUCAGAUACUUCUCAGGGACUCAAAGCUGAGGAACACGGCCUUCAUCUAUGGAGUAGUCAUUUUUACAGGGCACGAUAGUAAGGUGAUGCAGAAUUCAACCGAGUCGCCAUCAAAGAGGAGCAGGAUUGAGAAGAAGAUGGAUUUGAUCAUAUAUAUUUUGUUCACUGUUCUGGUUUUAAUAUCGCUCAUCAGUUCGAUUGGUUUUGCUGUGAGGAUCAAGCUUGAUCUGCCCAGAUGGUGGUACUUGCAGCCUCAGAACUCCAACAAAUUGGACGAUCCAACACGCCCUGCUCUUUCUGGGAUUUUCCAUCUCAUUACAGCACUCAUUCUCUACGGGUAUUUGAUUCCGAUCUCGCUAUAUGUCUCAAUUGAAGUUGUGAAGGUGGCACAAGCACAUUUCAUUAACCAGGACAUUCAUAUGUUUGAUGAGGAGACUGGCAAUACUGCUCAGGCCCGAACGUCAAACUUGAAUGAGGAGCUUGGCCAAGUUCAUACGAUUUUGUCAGAUAAAACUGGCACUUUGACCUGUAAUCAGAUGGAUUUCUUGAAGUGUUCAAUUGCUGGGGUUUCUUAUGGUGUGCGUGCGAGUGAAGUUGAAAGGGCUGCUGCAAAGCAGAUGGCAUCAGGCGCUGCUGACCAAGAUAUUCCUGUGCAAGAUGUAUGGGAGAGUAAUGAGGAUGAAAUCCAGUUAGUGGAAGGAGUUACCUUCAGCGUGGGAAAGACCCAAAAAUCCUCGAUAAAAGGCUUUAGUUUUGAGGAUGACCGUCUUAUGCAAGGGCACUGGACCAAUGAACCAAAUUCCAACAUGCUUCUUAUGUUCUUCCGGAUACUUGCUAUUUGUCACACUGCAAUCCCUGAGGUGAAUGAGGCAACAGGUGCUCUUACUUAUGAAGCAGAAUCACCUGACGAGGGGGCUUUUCUUGUGGCAGCCAGAGAAUUUGGAUUUGAAUUUUUCAAGAGAACACAAGCGAGUGUCUUCAUCAAAGAGAAAUACACUUCCUCUAAUGGCACAACUGAGAGGGAGUUCAAGAUUCUCAAUUUAUUGGAGUUCAACAGCAAAAGAAAGCGAAUGACGGUAAUUAUGAGGGAUGAAGAUAACCGUAUUGUUCUUCUUUGCAAAGGAGCAGAUACACUAGCAAAAAAUGGAAGGUUGUAUGAGCCAGAUACAACCAAGCAUCUCAAUGAAUAUGGUGAGGCAGGCUUGCGGACGUUAGCGCUAUCAUACAGAAUGCUUGAGGAAUCAGAAUAUGAAUCUUGGAAUGCCGAGUUUCUUAAAGCAAAGACAUCCAUUGGGCCUGAUAGGGAAUUGCAACUUGAGCGAGUCGCAGAUUUGAUUGAGAAGGAGCUGAUCCUUGUUGGUGCAACAGCGGUUGAGGACAAACUACAAACAGGGGUUCCUCAGUGCAUUGAUCGCUUGGCGCAAGCAGGUCUCAAAAUCUGGGUUCUGACAGGCGAUAAGAUGGAAACUGCAAUUAACAUAGGAUACGCAUGCAGUUUACUUAGGCAAGGCAUGAAACAGAUAUCCUUGUCCACAACCGCUGGUGACCAAGUAGCCCAGGAUGCACAAAAGGCUGCGAAAGAGAGUCUUAUGUUGCAAAUCGCCAAUGCUUCACAAAUGGUAAAGCUAGAGAAGGAUCCUGACGCAGCAUUUGCUCUUGUUAUUGAUGGAAAAGCUCUUACAUUUGCUUUGGAAGAUGACAUGAAGAAUAUGUUCUUGAAUCUAGCAGUAGAGUGUGCUUCUGUCAUAUGUUGCCGUGUGUCUCCAAGACAGAAAGCACUGGUGACCCGACUGGUCAAAGAAGGCCUUGGAAAAACUACUUUAGCAGUAGGUGAUGGUGCAAAUGAUGUGGGCAUGAUUCAAGAAGCUGAUAUUGGUGUUGGUAUUAGUGGGGUCGAAGGCAUGCAGGCUGUGAUGGCGAGUGACUUUUCUAUUUCCCAAUUUCGGUUCCUUGAGCGACUUCUUGUUGUACAUGGCCAUUGGUGCUACAAGAGAAUUGCCCAAAUGAUCUGCUACUUCUUUUACAAGAAUAUUACCUUUGGACUUACAAUAUUUUACUUCGAGGCAUUCGCUGGAUUUUCUGGGCAAUCAGUCUAUGAUGAUUGGUUUAUGCUGCUUUUCAACGUUGUUCUUACCUCUCUACCUGUUAUAUCACUUGGAGUAUUUGAGCAAGAUGUUUCUGCUGAAAUCUGCUUGCAGUUCCCAGCGCUAUAUCAGCAAGGACCAAAUAACCUUUUCUUUGACUGGUACCGGAUUUUAGGAUGGAUGGCGAAUGGCCUCUACUCAUCUCUGGCGAUAUUCUUUCUCAACAUCUGUAUAUUCUAUGAUCAAGCAAUCCGCUCUGGUGGACAGACUGCCGACAUGGCUUCAGUGGGAACCACCAUGUUCUCCUGCAUCAUCUGGGCUGUCAAUAUACAGAUUGCUCUGACAAUGAGCCAUUUCACCUGGAUUCAACAUUUGUUUGUGUGGGGCAGCAUAGGGACUUGGUAUGUCUUCAUUAUCACAUACGGGAUGGCUUUGAAGUCCCGAGACAACUUCCAGAUUAUGACAGAAGUUCUCGGGCCAGCUCCCAUUUACUGGGCAGCGACCCUUCUGGUGACUGCUGCUUGCAACAUCCCCUACCUGAUUCACAUAUCCUACCAGAGAUCAUGCAAUCCACUUGAUCACCAUGUGAUUCAGGAGAUCAAGUACCUACGGAAAGACGUCGAAGACGAAACAAUGUGGAAGAGGGAACGGUCUAAGGCGAGACAGAGGACCAAGAUUGGUUUCACCGCAAGGGUAGACGCAAAGAUUAAGCAGCUCAAGGGGAGGUUGCAUAAGAAAAGCCCAUCGUUAACCAUCCAUACUGUAGCGUAG